CGCGGGGAGCGCUCCAAGAUGGCGCCCACCGCAGUCCCGCCCGCCGCAGCCUCGGCACCUUUGCAGUCCGGCCGCGCCUCCCGGGCCCCGCGUUAGGGCCGCCGCUGCCUCCCUCGCCGCCGCCGCUGCCAGCUGACCUGUCCUGGACGCAGCAUAACUAACGAAGCUGCUGCAGGAUGAGAAGAUGGCAGCGCGGCUGCUCGCACCACCAGGCCCUGAUAGUUUCAAGCCUUUCACCCCUGAGUCGCUGGCAAACAUUGAGAGGCGCAUUGCUGAGAGCAAGCUCAAGAAACCACCAAAGGCCGAUGGCAGUCAUCGGGAGGACGAUGAGGACAGCAAGCCCAAGCCAAACAGUGACCUGGAAGCAGGGAAGAGUUUGCCUUUCAUCUACGGGGACAUCCCCCAAGGCCUGGUUGCAGUUCCCCUGGAGGACUUUGACCCAUACUAUUUGACGCAGAAAACCUUUGUAGUAUUAAACAGAGGGAAAACUCUCUUCAGAUUUAGUGCCACGCCUGCCUUGUACAUUUUAAGUCCUUUUAACCUGAUAAGAAGAAUAGCUAUUAAAAUUUUGAUACAUUCAGUAUUUAGCAUGAUCAUUAUGUGCACUAUUUUGACCAACUGUGUAUUCAUGACUUUUAGUAACCCUCCUGACUGGUCGAAGAAUGUGGAGUACACGUUCACAGGGAUUUAUACAUUUGAAUCACUAGUGAAAAUCAUUGCAAGAGGUUUCUGCAUAGAUGGCUUUACCUUUUUACGGGAUCCAUGGAACUGGUUAGAUUUCAGUGUCAUCAUGAUGGCAUAUGUGACAGAGUUUGUGGACCUGGGCAAUGUCUCAGCGCUGAGAACAUUCAGGGUUCUCCGAGCUUUGAAAACUAUCUCUGUAAUUCCAGGCCUGAAGACAAUUGUGGGUGCCCUGAUUCAGUCUGUGAAGAAACUGUCAGAUGUGAUGAUCCUGACAGUGUUCUGUCUGAGUGUGUUUGCCUUGAUCGGACUGCAGCUGUUCAUGGGAAACCUUCGAAACAAGUGUGUUGUGUGGCCCAUAAACUUCAACGAGAGCUAUCUUGAAAAUGGCACCAAAGGCUUUGAUUGGGAAGAGUAUAUCAACAAUAAAACAAAUUUCUACACAGUUCCUGGCAUGCUGGAACCUUUACUCUGUGGGAACAGUUCUGAUGCUGGGCAAUGCCCAGAGGGAUACCAGUGUAUGAAAGCAGGAAGGAACCCCAACUAUGGUUACACAAGCUUUGACACUUUUAGCUGGGCCUUCUUGGCAUUAUUUCGCCUUAUGACCCAGGACUAUUGGGAAAACUUGUAUCAAUUGACCUUACGAGCAGCUGGGAAAACAUACAUGAUCUUCUUCGUCUUGGUCAUCUUUGUGGGUUCUUUCUAUCUGGUGAACUUGAUCUUGGCUGUGGUGGCCAUGGCUUAUGAAGAACAGAAUCAGGCAACACUGGAAGAGGCAGAACAAAAAGAGGCUGAAUUUAAAGCAAUGUUGGAGCAACUUAAGAAGCAACAGGAAGAGGCACAGGCUGCUGCGAUGGCUACUUCAGCAGGAACUGUCUCAGAAGAUGCCAUAGAGGAAGAAGGUGAAGAAGGAGGGGGCUCCCCUCGGAGCUCUUCUGAAAUCUCUAAACUCAGCUCAAAGAGUGCAAAGGAAAGACGUAACAGGAGAAAGAAGAGGAAGCAAAAGGAACUCUCUGAAGGAGAGGAGAAAGGGGAUCCUGAGAAGGUGUUUAAGUCAGAGUCAGAAGAUGGCAUGAGAAGGAAGGCCUUUCGGUUGCCAGACAACAGAAUAGGGAGGAAAUUUUCCAUCAUGAAUCAGUCACUGCUCAGCAUCCCAGGCUCGCCCUUCCUUUCUCGCCACAACAGCAAGAGCAGCAUCUUCAGUUUCAGGGGACCUGGGCGAUUCCGAGACCCGGGCUCCGAGAAUGAGUUCGCGGAUGAUGAGCACAGCACAGUGGAGGAGAGCGAGGGCCGCCGGGACUCCCUCUUCAUCCCCAUCCGGGCCCGCGAGCGCCGGAGCAGCUACAGCGGCUACAGCGGCUACAGCCAGGGCAGCCGCUCCUCGCGCAUCUUCCCCAGCCUGCGGCGCAGCGUGAAACGCAACAGCACGGUGGACUGCAACGGCGUGGUGUCUCUCAUCGGCGGCCCUGGCUCCCACAUCGGCGGGCGUCUCCUGCCAGAGGUGAAAAUUGAUAAGGCAGCUACCGAUGACAGUGCUACAACUGAGGUGGAAAUUAAGAAGAAAGGCCCUGGAUCUCUCUUAGUUUCCAUGGACCAAUUAGCCUCCUAUGGGCGGAAGGACAGAAUCAACAGUAUAAUGAGUGUUGUUACAAAUACACUAGUAGAAGAACUGGAAGAGUCUCAGAGAAAGUGCCCGCCAUGCUGGUAUAAAUUUGCCAACACUUUCCUGAUCUGGGAGUGCCACCCCUACUGGAUAAAACUGAAAGAGAUUGUGAACUUGAUAGUUAUGGACCCUUUUGUGGAUUUAGCCAUCACCAUCUGCAUCGUCCUGAAUACACUGUUUAUGGCAAUGGAGCACCAUCCUAUGACGCCACAAUUUGAACAUGUCUUGGCUGUAGGAAAUCUGGUUUUCACUGGAAUUUUCACAGCGGAAAUGUUUCUAAAGCUCAUAGCCAUGGAUCCCUACUAUUAUUUCCAAGAAGGUUGGAACAUUUUUGACGGAUUUAUUGUCUCCCUCAGUUUAAUGGAACUGAGUCUAGCAGACGUGGAGGGGCUUUCAGUGCUGCGAUCUUUCCGAUUGCUCCGAGUCUUCAAAUUGGCCAAAUCCUGGCCCACCCUGAACAUGCUAAUCAAGAUUAUUGGAAAUUCAGUGGGCGCCCUGGGCAACCUGACACUGGUGCUGGCCAUUAUUGUCUUCAUCUUUGCCGUGGUGGGGAUGCAGCUCUUUGGAAAAAGCUACAAAGAGUGUGUCUGCAAGAUCAACCAGGACUGUGAACUCCCUCGCUGGCACAUGCAUGACUUUUUCCAUUCCUUCCUCAUUGUCUUUCGAGUGUUGUGCGGGGAGUGGAUUGAGACCAUGUGGGACUGCAUGGAAGUGGCAGGCCAGGCCAUGUGCCUCAUUGUCUUUAUGAUGGUCAUGGUGAUUGGCAACUUGGUGGUGCUGAACCUGUUUCUGGCCUUGCUCCUGAGCUCCUUCAGUGCAGACAACCUGGCUGCCACAGAUGAUGAUGGGGAAAUGAACAACCUCCAGAUCUCAGUGAUCCGUAUCAAGAAGGGUGUGGCCUGGACCAAACUAAAGGUGCAUGCCUUUAUGCAGGCCCACUUUAAGCAGCGUGAGGCCGAUGAGGUGAAGCCUCUGGAUGAGCUGUAUGAAAAGAAGGCCAACUGUAUCGCCAAUCACACCGGUGCAGACAUCCACCGGAAUGGCGACUUCCAGAAGAAUGGCAAUGGCACAACCAGCGGCAUUGGCAGCAGCGUGGAGAAGUACAUCAUUGAUGAAGACCAUAUGUCCUUCAUCAACAACCCCAACUUGACUGUGCGGGUACCCAUUGCUGUGGGGGAGUCUGACUUUGAGAACCUCAACACAGAGGAUGUUAGCAGCGAGUCGGAUCCUGAAGGCAGCAAAGAUAAACUAGAUGACACCAGCUCCUCUGAAGGAAGCACCAUUGAUAUCAAACCAGAAGUAGAAGAGGUCCCUGUGGAACAGCCUGAGGAAUACUUGGAUCCAGACGCCUGCUUCACAGAAGGUUGUGUCCAGCGGUUCAAGUGCUGCCAGGUCAACAUUGAGGAAGGGCUAGGCAAGUCUUGGUGGAUCCUGCGGAAAACCUGCUUCCUCAUCGUGGAGCACAACUGGUUUGAGACCUUCAUCAUCUUCAUGAUUCUGCUGAGCAGUGGUGCCCUGGCCUUCGAGGACAUCUACAUUGAGCAGAGAAAGACCAUCCGCACCAUCCUGGAAUACGCUGACAAAGUCUUCACCUAUAUCUUCAUCCUGGAGAUGUUGCUCAAGUGGACAGCCUAUGGCUUCGUCAAGUUCUUCACCAAUGCCUGGUGUUGGCUGGACUUCCUCAUCGUGGCUGUGGUGGUGAAUGCCUUGGUGGGCGCCAUCCCCUCCAUCAUGAAUGUGCUGCUGGUGUGUCUCAUCUUCUGGCUGAUUUUCAGCAUCAUGGGAGUUAACCUGUUUGCGGGAAAGUACCACUACUGCUUUAAUGAGACUUCUGAAAUCCGAUUUGAAAUUGAAGAUGUCAACAAUAAAACUGAAUGUGAAAAGCUCAUGGAGGGGAACAAUACAGAGAUCAGAUGGAAGAACGUGAAGAUCAACUUUGACAAUGUUGGGGCAGGAUACCUGGCCCUUCUUCAAGUAGCAACCUUCAAAGGCUGGAUGGACAUCAUGUAUGCAGCUGUAGAUUCCCGGAAGCCUGAUGAGCAGCCUAAGUAUGAGGACAAUAUCUACAUGUACAUCUACUUUGUCAUCUUCAUCAUCUUCGGCUCCUUCUUCACCCUGAACCUGUUCAUUGGUGUCAUCAUUGAUAACUUCAAUCAACAAAAGAAAAAGUUUGGAGGUCAGGACAUCUUCAUGACCGAAGAACAGAAGAAGUACUACAAUGCCAUGAAAAAGCUGGGCUCAAAGAAGCCACAGAAACCUAUUCCCCGCCCCUUGAACAAAAUCCAAGGAAUCGUCUUUGAUUUUGUCACUCAGCAAGCCUUUGACAUUGUUAUCAUGAUGCUCAUCUGCCUUAACAUGGUGACAAUGAUGGUGGAGACAGACACUCAAAGCAAGCAGAUGGAGAACAUCCUCUACUGGAUUAACCUGGUGUUCGUUAUCUUCUUCACCUGUGAGUGUGUGCUCAAAAUGUUUGCGUUGAGGCACUACUACUUCACCAUUGGCUGGAACAUCUUCGACUUUGUGGUAGUCAUCCUCUCCAUUGUGGGAAUGUUCCUGGCAGAUAUAAUUGAGAAAUACUUUGUUUCCCCAACCCUAUUCCGAGUCAUCCGAUUGGCCCGUAUUGGGCGCAUCUUGCGUCUGAUCAAAGGCGCCAAAGGGAUUCGUACCCUGCUCUUUGCCUUAAUGAUGUCCUUGCCUGCCCUGUUCAACAUCGGCCUUCUGCUCUUCCUGGUCAUGUUCAUCUUCUCCAUUUUUGGGAUGUCCAAUUUUGCAUAUGUGAAGCACGAGGCUGGUAUUGAUGACAUGUUCAACUUUGAGACAUUUGGCAACAGCAUGAUCUGCCUGUUUCAAAUCACAACCUCAGCUGGUUGGGAUGGCCUGCUGCUGCCCAUCCUAAACCGCCCCCCUGACUGCAGCCUAGAUAAGGAACACCCAGGGAGUGGCUUUAAGGGAGAUUGUGGGAACCCCUCAGUGGGCAUCUUCUUCUUUGUAAGCUACAUCAUCAUCUCCUUCCUAAUUGUCGUGAACAUGUACAUUGCCAUCAUCCUGGAGAACUUCAGUGUAGCCACAGAGGAAAGUGCAGACCCUCUGAGUGAGGAUGACUUUGAGACCUUCUAUGAGAUCUGGGAGAAGUUCGACCCCGAUGCUACCCAGUUCAUUGAGUACUGUAAGCUGGCAGACUUUGCAGAUGCCUUGGAGCAUCCUCUCCGAGUGCCCAAGCCCAAUACCAUUGAGCUCAUUGCUAUGGAUCUGCCAAUGGUGAGCGGGGAUCGCAUCCACUGCUUGGACAUCCUUUUUGCCUUCACCAAGCGGGUCCUGGGAGAUAGCGGGGAGUUGGACAUCCUGCGGCAGCAGAUGGAAGAGCGGUUCGUGGCAUCCAAUCCUUCCAAAGUGUCUUACGAGCCAAUCACAACCACGCUGCGUCGCAAGCAAGAGGAGGUAUCUGCGGUGGUCCUGCAGCGUGCCUACCGGGGACAUUUGGCAAGGCGGGGCUUCAUCUGCAAAAAGACAACUUCUAAUAAGCUGGAGAAUGGAGGCACACACCGGGAGAAAAAAGAGAGCACCCCGUCUACAGCCUCCCUCCCGUCCUAUGACAGUGUAACUAAACCUGAAAAGGAGAAACAGCAGCGGGCAGAGGAAGGAAGAAGGGAAAGAACCAAAAGACAAAAAGAGGUCAGAGAAUCCAAGUGUUAGAGGAGAACAAAAAUUCAGUAUUAUACAGAUCUAAAACUCGCAAGUGAAAGAUUGUUUACAAACUUCCUGAAUAUUAUCAAUGCAGAACAGCUGUGGAGACUCUAACCUGAAGAUCUAUACCAAACGUCGUCCGCUUACCACGUAACACAGCUGCAUCUUGAGCAGUGACCUGCCAAGGGCAAAGGACCCCGCUCCCUAGACUCACAGAUUUUCUAAUGCUUGGGCAGGUGGUUACUGCAUGUUCCACAUCAGUCAAUGCAACUUAGGACAAAACUAACCAGAUACAGAAACAGAAGAGAGGCUGCCGGGACCAGCAUAUUUCCGUUGCAGCCAAAUGGAUUUUAUUUUUUCAUUUUAUUGAUUCUCAGAAGCAGAAGGCAUCACUUUAAAAGUUUGUUUGUUCAUGCAAACUAUAUUUGCAUUCUUACAUUAGUUAAGCUAAGCAGCAAAAAGAAAACACACACACACACACACUCACAUUUAGCCCAUGUCAUUUAAUUGUCAGUUUCUUUGACAUAAAGCGCAUCUUCUCCACAUGGGCUUCACGUGGUUUGGAGAUGGGUGGGGGAAAACAAUCAGGUUUCUUCAGGCUGAGGAGGACUUGCUCAGGCCGAUUCCAAACAUUGUGCUCGUUCAAUGCGUAGAAAUGAUUUGCAUGAUGGCAUGCCGUGAUCAGAAGUCAUGCAUGAGAUCCAUACACCACAGGACACUACUAAUCUAGUCCCUUGCAUUGGGUCAGCCUUUGGACAGGACCCAGCCCUGCACCGUUCACUGUAUUUGGAGAAAAUGGUAAGAGUUCCAUACCGGCUAUAAUUCUUUAUUAUGAGUUCUUAAAAGUCCUUCAUACACCUUCUGGGUAGGGAAACAACCAACUAAUUGACUAACACCACCACCAACAAAAAACAAACCCAAUCCAACAAGCAGAUGGAUCCGUUGCGUGUAUAUGUUUAACAGACAUCUCUAACAUACAGCCAUUGUUGCACAUUUUGCAAGAUGAACUAUUUAAUGCUGCUCUGUGUCCAGUACAUGGGGGAGAUUUUGAUCCCAAAUGGCUUGUACUAUUUAUGUCACUGUAAAACCAAAUCCUAGGGCUAAAAAAAAAAAAAUUCAUUUGUAUCUUGCAGUAUUUAUGAUGAUCGUUUAGCCUUCAUACUGGAGAAUUGACACUUAUUUGGGGUAGAGAUAAAAGUGCUAUUCAAAGUAGCACCAGUUUUCUCUAGGGGUAAUUUGGGGAACUUAAAACGACCUUUCUUUGGGAGUUAUGGGGUCCUCAUUUCAUUUCGUAUCAUGUCCUCUGCAUUGUGGCUUUCUCCAGGCAUGGGUCGAUACCGCGAGGGGUUCAGAUAUUCUGAACUGGCCUCUCUCUUCUGCAGAGGGGUCGUCGCGUACUCACACGCUGCAUGGCUCCCCCUGCCUCCAUCACAUUUCUCCACUGAGCAGGGCUUCCCUUGCCCACAGAGGUGGGUGAGGGUAGCAGCACUGGGGUUACGGCUGUGAUUUCCUUCAUUUAUUAUUAGAAUAAUAGUCACUGGUGGGACCUGAGGUAGAGAUGGAGCCGCCUCUGAACCAAGCUCACUUGGUUUCUUUACUGCACUUGUUUUCAUGAGAAAGCAAUUUAAUAUUAAUUCUUUAGGAUGUUCCAGCUUCCCCCAGCGCGUUCCCUUGCAGCCAGUUUUGCAAUCUGCUUAGCGACCUGCCCAUUGUCAUUGAAGUGUGGCUUCUGGGGGAGCAUCAUUUCUUCCAUUCCAUCUCCUGCUUUAGGAAAGACAGCUUUUAGUCCAGGGGUUUCUCACCUAAUGACUGGAUUUCAAAGCCAAGAUGCUGCAGUUGAAUGUGUCAGUAAGUCUAUACAAAGAGUGAAAAGAGACUUUAGCAUGUGAACCAAAUCAAAAUAACUUCUUCCUGAACCAUACACUAGAGGGGGAAGAACCACCAACCCAUAAUCAGACACACCGAUCUGCCUUGCAGUAGAAGCACUUUGAAGGUAAUUUCACAGUCCACCUGACUAGUUUUGCAUAGAACAAACCACAGUAAGUCGGUAAGCAGAGCUUUCUAUCUUGUUGGACCACUAGAAACUCUGUCCAGCUCUCUCAAGCGUGCUUCUGCAGCAGCAUCCGUAGAAUUUUUGUACUACACCCAAUACCAGACUGGGAAGGCAUAUCUUUCAGUGACCCUGCUAACUGCUAGGAUGAAUGUAUAGUAACAUGUACAGGCUACAUUGUAAACAGCACAAAACAGAAGCUGACAUGUGUGGUUAUUCUUUUUAAGAGAAUUAUAAAUACUGUAAUAUAAUUUUAUUUUAUUGGCAUGCCUUUUUGUAAAUAUAAAUUAUUAACUUAUUAAAUAGGAAAUGGCUUCUGGCUUAUGCCAUUGUCAUGUUUAUUUUUAUUUUUUAUACUUUUCUUUCUUCUUAGAACUUAGAUGCUGUCAGCCAAUGUACAUCCCCAAACCAGACAGACAGACAAAAAAUUUUUUAUUGCUAAUGGUCUUUUCCAAAACAACAAAAAAUAUAUAUAUUUUUUCCAAUGUGCAAUAAAUUCUAACCACGUCUAUGCAAGAUUUGGCUAAACUUAAUAAUUGUUCUUAGGUCUUGAGAUGGGCGACAGAGCUGUAAGAUCCCGCUAAGUACACCAUGUGCUCAUGCUAGUGAUGUCAUUAAGCUACUAGAGCAUAGUGAUGAGAUUUCUCUGAGAUGUAACCGUUUCCCUCUGCUAGCUCCUGACCCCAGCCCAAUAGGCUGUCUCCUCAGUAACACAUGGGCCUUGGUAUCUGGCACCCAUCAGCCAGCCUCAUAGGAAAGAAGCCACCUCCGCUGUAUUUGAAGUUUCACUUAAAAAAAAAAAAAAAAAAAACCCUUUUAAUCCUUCACCCACUGUCCUUCCACCUGCUCACUCACUCUUUCACCCAUCCUGCUCCACACUUCUUUGGUAGUAAAUGACACCAUCACCAGCAGUUUACACCCGCAGUUAACAGGCAUUGAACUGAAAGAAUCAGCGAUGACGUUUGUAUGCAUCUUCGCUGAGUGGGUAAGUGGCAACGCUUUGCCAAAUAUUAACGAAGCCAAUCAAAAAGCAGCAGCAGCCACAGUAUCACUGCACAUAUAUAUAGAUAUAUAUAAAUAUAAUAUAAAUAUUUAUUUUUUGUAGCCAGGUCCUUGGUGCAGUAUUUAUACUCCACAAUCCACCUUUUAAAAAAAGGACAAAAAGCAAAAAGAUGUGUGAUGCUGUUAAUUUAAAACGCAGAGCCAAAGCCACUGAGCAGCAGCUGACAUGGUUGCUGGUUUGUGUGUGAAAAACAUUUUUCCCCUCUUCUUUCCUUAACCUCCUUGUUGCUUAGGAUGAGGAGACUCUGUAAUUUAAAGCAGAGGUUGGGAGGAGGAAGAAACUUCCAUGUUAACAUGGCCUACUCUCACUCCUUUCUAAAUGAGCCACUUUUGGCAUCAGAAGUUGACUGGAGAGAGAGAGAAAAAAAAAACUCCCAGUCAAAGCUCCUAAAGCGACAGUGCCCAGAGUUCUUUUAUUUUUGCUGCAACCAGCGUAAACCUGUAAAAGACCAACGGUGAAGAUGAGUGUACUAGCGAAUGCAUGGAGGCCAAUGCUGCCCUAGUGAGACGUGAUAAAAAGUCCAUCACUCCUCAAGCCAAAAGGAAACAAAAUAAAAAUGACCCUUUUUACUGUACAAGGGAAGCCUGUCUUGGUGUGUUUGUUGCUUGACUAUCCCAAUUCUUGAGUCCUGGGAGGGGUCUGGGAAUUGGGACCUUAGCACAUUUGGGGAAAAGAGGGGCAUGGAGGGAAGAGAAAUCAAAGGGGCUCUCGCAAAGUUCUGGCUGAGAAGGAGAGACUGGAAGAAAAGCAAGGUCCUGACCCCCCAGAUCCCCACUCACCCAUUGCAUGUGGCAUUCCCCACUACUGGCCGGUGCUUAGAGGCCCAUAAAACCCCUCCUCACCUAAUCCACCUGGCAGAGCCCUCAGAGAUGACGUCAGCCAACCCAGCUGGACUGGCCUUACUUCUGCCUUUCUCACCUGUAUGUUCAAAAAAUAAAAACCUACCCCCAUGGCCCAAAGCUAGGGCAUGCGCGAUGCCCAACGGCCUCCACUCUGCAAGCUCAUACUGGGCCCUGCCCUCCAUCACCCCAGACAGGCCCACAGACGAGGGCUGGUCUCCUUCACAUUUCUGUGGGGGUGGGGGCACCCUUCCCCUUCCUUCUCUCCCUGUCUUCCUCUGGGGACAUCCCUCUCUAGGCCUAGGCCAUGUCUCCUGGUUCAGGAACACUCUCUCAGGAGGAUAUCGAAGUGCCCACUCGAGUCCGCUCCAGUAGCUGCACUCUGGAGCGAGAUGGCUGGUAGGUCAGUCCCCAUCCUCCUCCCCUCGGCCCCCAGCCUCCAGGCCUGCUGUGGAGGUGAGAUCGCCAUGGGUCAUGACUUUCUGACUUGAGACCUGGGCAUCCUCUGUAAUGAUGCCUCUUUCUUUUCUCAGAUGUUGCCCACAGUUUAGCAAAAAGCUUUGUUCAUUUUCAGGUACCCCCCACCCUAAAGACUUGGCUGCUACUUGCCAGCCAGGGGGACAUCAGGAGAGAAGAGGAAGUCUGGGUUGGGAGGGGCCCAAGUUUUGCAACAGAGUUUCCAUUGUUCAGCUCUGUGCUUUCUUGGAUUCCCUUUCCGAGAUUACCAAGAUUUCCUCCAUUAAAACUCCUGAGGCACCCCCUGCCCCUGCCCCCCACUGCUGUUUGCUGUACAUAGAGGCUAAGUGGGGUGGGGUGGGUGGGUGUGCACAUGUGGUGUGUGUGUGUGUGAAGAAUGUAUAUAGGUAAAGGGGAGUGUGGUCCAGUGGUUCCAGAAAAGGGACAGAACUCCUGUGUUCUAUCCCUAGCUUGACCACUGGCUCGCUGUGUGGCCUUGGGCAAGUCACUUAACCUCUCUGUGCCUCAGUUUCCCCAUCUGUAAAAUGGGGAUAAUAAUACUGACCUACCUCACAGGGGUGUUGUGAGGCUUUAACUCAAUGUUUUGUAAAGCGUUUUGAGAUACAGAGGCAAAGGCGCUAGGGAAGGGCAAAGUAUUAUUGGACUUAAGGAAGCUGAAAUGGUACCAUAAAUGCUGCUAUUCUGAGAGCCAUUUUAAACUGCACUGCUCCAACCACCCCCGCUUCUCAUCACCAGGACAGCAGGUCGAGAAAAUGACUUUCCUUUCACUUGCUUCUGGGGUUUGUGAUUAUUCAAGACAAUUUUCCCCCUUGCUGUAUCUCCUUCCCUCACCUCCUCGACUUGUUCCCUGUUCUGUUUAUGCGGAAAUGGCAGAAAUGCUUGAGAAAUGAGAAUGUGUAAGUGGAUUGGAAGUUUAUAGUAUGAAAUUUCAAUUUUACUUUGUACUGUACAUCUUUUUACUUUAGAAUUUGCAAUAAAGGGUUACGUCAA